AUGAUGAAACCAAACGUUCUUGCUACAAAAGAUUUAGCAGACCGACAAAAAACAGUUAAGUCGUGGACAUUGAAAGAGGAUUCAUUGCUUGUUGAAGCAGUAAAUCAGUUUGGGAAAAACAACUGGAGAAGUGUAGAAGAGGUUGUUAUGACACGAACACGAAAACAGUGCAGAGAACGCUAUUUGAAUCACUUGGACGACUCUGUUGAGAAGCGUGCUUGGACACAAGAAGAGGACGAUAUUAUAAUGAAAAGAAGAACAGCAAUAGGAAACAAGUGGACAAGAAUAGCUCAAGAGUUGAAGGGAAGAAGUCCAAAUGCAGUCAAAAACAGAUUCUUUGGGCACUUGAAUAAACUCCACAAAAAUGAAAAGACUGUGUUUACAAAAAAUAUUGAAGAUCGGAAUAGUAUAAAAGAUGAAGUUGAAAAUAAAAGAUGUUUAAGUUCACCUCGUAUUACAUCUGCUUUUUCAGUUGUCGACAUGGAUAAGUACUUUAUAAUAAAAUAA